AUGAAGUUAUAAAUUCUUUUGCCUCUAAUAUUUUCAAUCAUAUCUACUGUUAAUAGUGGUGCAAUAACCAGUGAGGAUAAUAUAUUUGAAUAAGUCUUUGCAGACCCUUAGAUGAAACCUCUGAGAAAUAUUUUUGAAUAUGGCUGGUUAAUCUUAAAUCAACUGGAGUUUUGUCUUUUUCCAAAAGAACAAACUUGGAAUUACUCUUACUUCCAUCAAUUCUUGAGGUAAUAUGGAUUGAAUCAAGAAAACUUAGAUGAUGCUCUAGAUACUGUUAAGUUAUAAGAAAAGCCCCUAGUAAAAUUUUAGGAACCAAGAAUACCCAGAAAAACUCAUAGAGUUUGGAUAACUCACUCAUUAAAUCCUACAGAGUGUCACGAUUCAGUGAAAAAUCCUUAACUAUUUGAAGAAAUACUAAAUACUAACAGAGUGCUAGAUUAAUCAGCAUCAAUCAAUAGUGGGAAAUGGGAGCAUUAUCUAUGGACAAAUGAUAAAUCCGCAAUACCUAAGACAGUGAAAUGGUUUGAAUAGAAUGGCAUCAAAGUGAGGGAAUUGAGGGAGCUUCCUAGCUAUGAUUUAAUUUUCGAUAGAAUGAUUGAGGAGUACUCAGUAGGAAAAUUUGCAGCAGCUGCAGAUGUUGCUCGUAUGAUUAUUAUGAAUGAUGAAGGAGGAUUAUAUCUUGAUAUUGAUUCCUAUUUCGCAAGUUUCGAUGAUGACUGGCUUUAUUACUUUGAUUCUAUAUUUUGGAAGGAUAGACUGAGAUUUGAUAGUUUGGUUCUCUUCAACUAUUAAUUUUUAAGCAAGCCAAAUCAUCCAGUCUCGUAGGAAUAUUUGAAGUUGUUCAAGAUAUCAUAUACUAAUCCAGAGCAUCUCAAGAAAUGCUAUAUAAAGACAAAAGGUAUUACGCUGUGGGAAACUGGGCCAUUUAUCUUUACCAUUGCCUUCAUACUCGGAGCUCAGAAAAAUGGAAAUAGAGAUUUCGUAAUGUUCCCUUAGAAUACUAAUGAAGAUUAAGUUUAUAGUUUUUAUGACACAAAGUCUUAGCCUAUUGAUCUUAAAUUCCAUGGAUAUUCAAUUGGAUUAGGGAGUUGGAUUGAUGAUUAUGCAGAUACAUUAAUAUUUGGUUUCGAAUGA